AUGUCCAGUAGCGAAAUUCCAUCAUCGCCGCAAGGUGCAACCAGUAUAGAACAUCAUGCCACUUUUUCAUUCAACAAUAUGGCAGCCAUGAGAGAGGAUAUUGUCGAGGGUGCAAACAGUGUGGUUGGUGGAGGUCAAACAGCAGUUCACUCAGCUCUCACUGGUACCUCUCUCACAGAUGGAGCAUCAGCAACAAGUUCCUCCACUCUUUCAGCCUUUGCUGUUAUGAACAGACUCCAGACACAAUUGUUUGCCCUUAUUGUAGCAUUACAAUCGAGUUCAAAACAGUCCUCAAUCAUGUUUUGGAUAUUGUCCUUUCUUUUCAACAUUCAUGCCAUGUGGGUGAGUAUAUUCAUCCCAACACUGGGUGGAAUGAAAUUUGGAGAGUAUGGAGAAUGGAUAUUCACAGUUGCCAACUAUCCCCUAACUCUCUCAUUGAAUUUAGUUCCCUAUGAAGGGAUGAUUGCUUUGGUUUUCAUUGUGUGUGCCUCUCUGUUACUCUAUAUCGCACUAUUGUUCACCACCUAUAAGAGAAUUAUUAAUACGAGAAGAUUUUCAGAUUGGUUCUUACAGGCGACACGAUUCUUCAACUUUGUAAUUUUGAUUGCUUGUGGCACCAUGACGUUUAUUUUGACGAGCUUGGUGGAUUGCAGUACCGUAACCGUGGGUAAUGAAGGUAACUCAAGCAUUGAGCUCUCUCGUUAUGAUGGAAAAGCUUGUUACGAAUCACCCAACGUCAUAUUUCUCGCAUUUUCAUUGAUUGCAUUUAUCAUUCUCAUUCCGUGUGUGGCAUUGUCAGCCAUGAUCUAUAGAAAUAGCCAUCCCUUGAACAAAUCCUUAUUUACGAGCAUGAAUAAUUACGCCAUCAUGGUGUUGUUGGUAUUGAAUUGCGUUGAAAUUAUGACUGUCUUCUUAAUACCCAACCACAUGCCUCAUAUUCGUGCCAUUGCUCAUGUCCUGAUUUCAGUUAUUUGGCCUUUACUCUUUGUAAACAAUUUACCCUAUUUCCGAAAAGCCAUUAAUUCCAUAUUCUUUGGUGCCAGUUGUGCCAAAAUUGGUGCAUCUAUUGGAGCUAUAAUCACUGUUUUUGUGAACACUCAAAAUUCCAAUAACCUUGGCUUGUAUUUGAUGGCUAUGACUCUUGGGCUCAUUCUCUUUGGUUUCCUUAUUGGUUUUGUAGGGAUGCAAAUUUUUCUAACAGUCGUCCACAGACAAGUUCACAAAAUUGUGACCGAAAAUAAGGAAAAUCUCUCACAAGUGUUGCAAAUCUUUGAAAAGAAGAAACGAUGGUUAAUCAUGUAUUUACACUUCUCAAUCAUUAGACCAAAGAAGGCUUCGGACUCUGAAGAUGUCGUACUCUCAUUAGCCAAAGUGAUUGGUGCCAAUAAGAAUCAAGCUCAACAACAUACAUCCUUGUUGUUGAUGAGUGCUCUCAUUAUUGCAUAUACUUGGCAAGACGGUAACUCUCAUUCCUUUGCCAUGUAUAUGUUUAGAAGAUGUAUGAAAAUGUCGAAUAAUGUGUUUGCACGAUUUCAAGUACAUGAAAGAUCAAGAGAAGUUGAAUUGGAUGAAACUUCUUCAUCCAGCGCUCUGAAAUGUAUGACUGAAAGUAAGCAUGUAUUGGAUAGCUUGGAACGAUUUGAAGAUGAAUUGAGAACACUUCAUAUUCACUUUUGGAAGGAAUUAUUGUGUGACAUCCCCAACGACGUCAAAUUGGAGUACAUCAAUAGAAGAUGUGCUGAUUUAAAUAGCCACAUUGAAGACACAUACCAUAAUCUCAUGCGUAAAUAUCGUAACGAAAAGAACAUUAUCAGAAAGUAUGCCAAUUUUUUGGAAACAUUUCGCUUUGACAAGGAGACAGCUCAAACACUAUUCGCAGAAGCCAAUGAACUGGAAGAAGAGGGGUCUAAAUACAAUUUUGUAUCUCCUACAGCCCACAAUAAGUACAUGGUCAACAGAAGAAUUUCUGUUGUGAGCCAGCGAUUCGAACAACAAAUAUCCAGCUUUGAGGGAGAUCUCAAUGAAGAAUUCAAUGGAGUUGAAACAAAGGACUAUUCCAAAAAGGAUGCUGUUUUGAAGAAUUCUCUCAGAUAUUUAGAAAACAGCAAGGGAUAUUAUGUUUUCUUGGUAAUAUUCCUUUUAUUCUCCUUUUUUGUACUUCUGACCUGUGUGGCAGUCUCGCUCUUUGGAACUGUUAAAACUGGUACUGACGUACAGUAUGUUUAUAAGAUGUGCAAAGGAUCAUCUGUCUCGGUUGCUAUCCUGAGAGAGCUCAGAUUUAUUCAAAACCUCAACAAGUAUUAUCAAAAUGGCUUCACAAUUCGAAAUGACAAAAAACUUGUGGUAGAUCUUGUUACAAGUUCACACAAACAGCAUCUAGUAACAUACAAGUCAUUCAUGGCUGACAUCGUUGAACAAGCUCAGAAAAACCAACUCAAUGCGGAUGCCUAUGCCAAGCUUGUUAACGACUCUGUGUCUGUUCUCUUUCCUUUCACCACAGCAAGAAACAGUUCAAAAGGAGAAGAGCUAGUUUUUACUGAAACCUAUGUGAAGAAUAGUUCCAUGAUCGAAAUGUCUAACUAUCUACUCACAGGUAUCAAUAAGUUUAUUGAAUGGAACAUUGAGGACUACAACCAAACUAUUACAGAUUUCAACUUUAUGUAUUUAUGGAGAAAUAGAAAAAAUUCUCGAGAUGCAUUUGAAACGUUUUGUGAAUCCAUUGUGGCAAGCACUGAAAAAUUUCAUGCAACCUUUGUCAUGUCCUUUGCCAUUGUUUAUUUCACGAUCAUUAUGAUGUAUAUUGUUGGAUUUGUCAUCUUCCUUGGCGCCAUGCUGAAAUUGAUGAUCAGUACCAAACAAGUUUCCAAAUUAUUCAACUCGGCACUCUCAAAGAAUAUCAUUGGAAAAGUUUAUCAUGAUUUGCGAAUUAAGAAUGAUGAGGAUGUAAAAGUACAUUUACCCAAAUCCCAACUUUCAGCCCCAAGAUACAUAUUCUUGUUUAUGGGUGUUUUCACUUUGCUGUGCUGUAUUUUGAGUGGUGCCAUGAUGGUAGUAGAGUCGAACAUUAAUUACACAGGAGUCUCUCUGACGAUGAACAAUAUCAUUCAUGGUACAGCAGUCAUGAGACACGUUCACCGUACCAAUUUCAAGGUGGGAGAGUAUUUCUCAUUUCUUGGUAGUCCGCCUUCUUUUGUGAAUGAACCAUCAUUAUUGAAAGAGGAAGAUUUAACAAAUUCCUCAGCAGAUGUGAAAACAUUUUUGAGCUAUUUAUUUAAGGAAUGGAAUAUUCUGAUUUAUGGUGGUGGACAAUUUCCUCCCUCUGUUGGUAAAUAUAAGGAAAUUGACGAUUUGGUAGCAGGUAUUAAAAACUGCACCCAAGCUGCCAGUAAUAACGCAACUAACACAGUGGAAAUGUAUACACAACGUUAUUGCACCGGUUUGGAAGAAAUGCUCACUGAAUACUCGAAAAAGGUAUCCAUUUUCGAUGCUGAUUCUCAAAACAGUGCCUUUACAUCUAACACUGCUUCCAUGUUCCACAACUACAUGGAUGUUUUCUUCACUGGUUCUAUUUUAGGAGAGAAAAUAAUCGACUUUAUGGACCUCUUUGUGAAAUACUCUGCACAACCAUCGGUCAUUCUUACCAUUUUGUUUGGAAUUGGAUGUUUUGUUUUGAUGAUCGUCGUUUUCUAUGGCAUGCUCUAUCAAUUGGAAAAGCAUAGAUUACAAUUGAUUAACAUGCGAAUGAUGUUAAAUUACAUUCCAUGUGAUGUCAUUGAUAGUAGUGAACAACUUCGAAAUUAUAUUCUCUACAGUAUCAUUGGAAGCUCCAAUGAAAAGAAGACUAAGAAAAAUCAAGUUCAAUCUGCAGACUCAGAUAAUGCCAACGUGAAAGGAGUGUUGAACGCAUCCGUAGAUGGGGCCAUUUUGUGUACACAAGACGGAACGAUUGAAUUUGUCAACUCUUCCACACAAAAGAUGUUUGGAUUUGCCACCAAAGCGGACGUUGUUGGUGUUUCAGUUGUGACAUUAUUCGACAAGGAACAAUCACAUCUCAUUCAAAACAGUAUCAAAGAAAUGAAUAAGGCACAACUAGAUGUCACACAUUCUGAAGUUAUUGAAUCAACUUGUUUGAGAAAGAACCAAACCAAAUUCCCAGUGAAAAUUAAUAUCUUCUCAGUCAUGUUCGAUAAUGGUAUUCCAAUGAUCACUUUGAUUAUUAAGGAUAUCACAGCAGAGAAGAAACAAAAUGUUGUUCUCGCUGAAGAGAAAGCAAAAUCAGACAUGUUAUUGAAGAAUAUCUUGCCAGAGGCUGUUGCUGAACGUCUUAAAGCAGGAGAGACCUUUAUUGCAGAACGAUUCACUGAUAUCACUUGCUUCUUUAGCGAUAUGGUUGGUUUUACCAAGAUGAGUUCAUCUAUGAAUCCUAGCCAAUUGGUUGGUAUGCUAAAUACCAUUGUGAAUGGAUUUGAUUCUCUCACCGAUACUUAUCAAUUAGAGAAGAUUAAAACGAUUGGAGAUGCGUACUUUUGUGUUGGAGGUAUUAGUGGUUCUUUAACAUCAGAUCAUCCAGAAAGAGUAUUGCAAUUUGCAAUGGCCACUUUUGGAGUCCUUCGAGAAUUUAACGCAAGCUCUGAGAUGGAAACACAAGUUGAAAUUCGUAUUGGUAUCAAUACAGGUGGAGUGGUAGCAGGAGUCAUUGGAAAGAAAAAGUUCACUUUUGAUAUUUGGGGCGACACCAUCAACGUCGCUAGUAGAAUGGAAUCGACAGGAGUACCAGGUCGUAUUCACAUCAGUCGUUCCACAUAUGAACGUGUGUAUGAUAUGGGUUUGGAAUUUGAAGAAAGGAAAAUAGAAGUUAAAGGAAAGGGAGAAUGUCAAACCUAUUUACUGGCAGCGAAACAUCAUCAGCAGUCCAUUGUGACCAAAUAA